AUGCCCAACAUCUGUAAUUUGAUGGUAGAAUUCUUGUCGAUCUUCACUGACGCUUGGCGCGGCCGGUUCAGUAAAGAUGAUCCUUCGACAGCAGACAUGUCGUCGCAGUUGGGUGACGAGUUCCCUGACGAAGACGGAUCAGUGCGAUCGCCGGCGAUGUGGCAGUCGCGUGGAUCCGACGAUUCUCAGGUGUGCGUGAUCGACGGGACCGAGUUCGCCUGCAAGUUCUCCCUGUUCUGCUGGAUGACGGGCGGCGAGGCGGCAGGCCCCUGCACCGGCGGCGCCCUCAGCACGUGCUGCGUGCCCAGGGACUUCAACGCCCGCACGGUGGUCGUGUCAAGGUCGAGGCGCAAGUACGAGUUCGUCCACACGCCGCCAAGGCUGGUCGAGGCGCCCGUCAGGAACGACCCUGUUUGCGGACGACCGAGACUGACGCUGCAGAAGCGGAUUAUCGGCGGGUCCGAGGCGAAUUUCGGCGAGCUUCCGUGGCAAGUCCACAUCCGGAUUUCUGGCUACCAGUGCGGAGGAGUCUUGCUCAACCAUUUCUUCGUCGCCACUGCUGCUCACUGCGUGCACAAGGCGCACAUCCCGCUGAUUCAAGUGCACAUCGGCGACCACGACACCAAGAACACGGGCGCCUUUUUCGAGCCGAUGCCAUCUGACACAUUCGCGGUGGACGAGAUCAUCAUCCACCCUUUCUUCAAAUUCAUGUCCGUUCAACCCGACAGUAUUGGAGAACUCGACUACGGAGUUUUAGAGUCCUUAAGGAAGACAGGGACGAACAUCCUGAACAAAGUACCAGUGCCUGUGAUCAGCAACAGGGAGUGCAAGAAGUGGCACGGACUCAAGAACAUUCGAGUGGCACUGCACGACGAAAUGACGUGUGCUGGUUGGAUGGACGGCAAGAUGGACGCUUGCUUGGGAGACUCUGGAAGUCCGUUGAUAGUCAACGACAGAGGACGGUGGACACUGAUCGGCAUCACAUCCGCGGGCUUUGGCUGCGCAGUGGACCAUCAACCAGGAAUUUAUCAUCGCGUGGCCAAAACAGCCGCGUGGAUUUCAGCCAUGAUUUGGUAACUCAAAUUAGUUGCCAGUCUUUUGCUGUUUUUUUUUUCUUACUAAAAGUAUACGAAGCAAGAGCUCAAGAGGUGCACAACCUCUUCUCGUGAAAUUAUUUGUUGCAACUACAAUGUCAAGUCAACAAAAAACCAAAAGCAUUGCUUCGAAAAGUUACCAAUAAUUGUUCACUCUUCGCACACCAACAUAAAGCAUGAUUUUAAUUGCGACUUGUCUAAGUAGUCUAGUCCAUUGUUCUUGUUGCAACUAAAAUGUUAAUGGUUGAGUGGAAGUCCCUUCUGUAUUUAUUGACAUUCGGACAGAUGCAAGUUGCUACUUUCUGGAAGUGUGUGUGCGCGGAGAUGAUUAUGAGAAGGAACUAUUUUCUUGCUUGGUAUCUUCUAAUUUAAAAAAUGAAAAUUUAUUUUAGCUGAGAUGUUUUUUUUCCUGUUAAGGACGAUUUUCGUCACAAUUUUGUUGAUUUUUAUACCAUGAAGCAAAAGAAAGAAGUUAUUGUUCGCCAAUUUACUUCAUUUAUUUUUCCUGUUGCACACAUGAAGGCAUUUUCGGUCACG